AUGAAUACGUCAAUUUUGAUGAGACAUUCAGGAAUUUGGGUGAACGAAUUACAGUGUAAAAGUUACAAAAUCGAAGGAAUCGUUGUUGGAGAUUCAAUUUCGUUUUCUAAUCUCAAAGCAGCAAUUGCAGCCGAGUUGGAUAUCGAUGUAUCAAGGAAAGAUAUUGAAAUUCGUUACAUUGUAGAAGGUAACUCCUAUGUGAAGACAUGUCAGAUAUAUAAGGAUAAAGCAACACUUGUAGAUGUGACGACGAAAUAUAAGAUAAAGAACAACUUCAAUUGCAAAGUAAAGAGGUCUGAUCAACAAAGCUAUGUGUUGGUAUGCUUUUCAGACAAAUGUGGUUGGAAUAUGAAGGCAUCCUGCAGGAAAAAAUCUGAUAUAUUCAUUGUUAGAAGUUUCAAUAGUGAACAUACGUGUCCGAUGAGGGAGAGGGUAUUAACCAAGGUCCAAGCAACAGUCGGAUUUGUAAGUGGAGUUACUGCUCUAAAAUCGGUCAAUAAUAAACGAAUUUAUACUCCAAAAGAUAUAAUUGAUGAUAUUAGAGAAUAUUAUGGGGUUCAAAUAUCUUACCAGCAAGAAUGGCGUGCUAAAGAAUGUGCACUCUCCAUGAUUAGGGGAAAACCAUCUGCAGGAUAUAGAUGGUUGCUGCGAUACACACACAUGUUAAAAACCGUGUAUCCAAAUUCUUAUAUAAGAAUGCAUAAGACUGAAGAGGAUGAAUUUAUGUAUCUGUUCAUCGCCUUAAGACCAUUCAUUAAGGAAUUUAAUUACUGCAGACCAGUAGUUAUUGUGGAUGGUGCACAUCUGAGUGAAGCUUACAAAGGGACAUUUGUAUCAGCAAGCACACUUGAUGGCACAUGCAUUUUUUUUAUAGUUGUGAUGUGUUGCGUACUUCCAUUGGCAUAUGGUCUUGUUGACACCGAAAAUGAUUAUUCGUGGACAUGGUUUUUCGAACAAUUUAAAAAUGUAUUUGACGAGAGAAAAGAUAUGUGUGUUGUUUCAGAUAGAAAUGAGAGUAUCAUGAAGAGUGAUGUAUGUGGAAACUUCAAAAGGAGCAGAAAGGCCAUAAAUGAUCUAUUCUACUCUAUGACCAAGGCAUGUAGAAAGGAAGAUUUUGAUAAGUUGAUGGCUAAGGUUGAUAGAAUGCAUCAUAUGGUUAAGGAGUACCUUGAAGAUGCAGGUUACGAAAAGUGGUCAAGAGUUCAUGCAACAGUAAACAGAGAUAGAAUGAUGACUUCGAACAUUGCAGAAUGUAUCAAUGGUUGUCUUGUUGAAGCACGCCAACUAACUAUAUUAGAAUUCUUGGAAGAAAUUAGAAUUCUUUUUGGUUCUUGGCAUUGCAAAACAGAGAAGUAG